AUGUCUUUUUCUUCGCUCGUCUCAGACAUUGCAUACCGUAACUCGGAGCGACCCGACCGACCGGAUCUGCGCUCGCAGGUGUCAGAAGCACGCUCAACACGAUCCUACGCUAGCACUGCUGCCACGAGCGUAAGCAUAUCUGGCGACAUCAAGAGCCAGUUGCAUGGAGGAUAUAGUCACCCUCUGUCGCGAGCAUGGCAGUCAGAGCGCCAGCUGACCAAGUCGAUGCUCAUCUUUCCCCUCUUUAUUUCCGAUCAGCCUGACGAAGAGACGCUCAUCCCCUCGCUUCCCAACAUCCACCGCCGAGGCCUGAACAAGGUCGUGCCAUACCUUACGCCUCUUGUCGCAAAGGGCCUCAAGUCGGUCAUUCUGUUUGGCGUGCCGCUCGCGCCCGCUGCAAAGGACGCCCUCGGCACCAAUGCGGAUGACCCCAAGGGCCCUGUAAUCAAGGCCAUCCGCCUGCUUCGACGAGCAUUCCCCGAUUUGUUUAUUGUUGCCGAUGUCUGCCUGUGCGAAUACACCUCACACGGUCACUGCGGUAUCCUGCGUGAUGACGGCAGUCUAAACAACGCCUUGUCCGUGGAACGCAUCGCCGAUGUCGCUCUCUCAUACGCGCAGGCCGGUGCGCACUGCGUUGCGCCUUCAGACAUGAACGACGGUCGCAUACGCGCAAUCAAGUUGAGACUCAUCGAGGCUGGAAUAGCACACCAAGUCUCGCUCAUGUCGUACGCCGCCAAGUUUUCGGGCUGCUUGUACGGCCCCUUCCGCGACGCUGCCGGCUCAGUCCCCUCAUUCGGCGACCGAAGAUGCUACCAACUGCCUCCUGGUGGCCGUGGUCUAGCGCGACGAGCCAUUGUACGAGAUAUCGGCGAGGGCGCAGAUAUUAUCAUGGUCAAGCCUGCCAGCCAGUACCUAGACAUUAUCAGUGACGCAAAAGAAAUUGGCAAGGAUAUGCCAAUCGCAGCAUACCAGGUUUCUGGCGAGUACGCCAUGAUCCAUGCAGCGGCAGCCGCCGGUGUCUUUGAAUUGAGACAGAUGGCCGAGGAGGCGACUCAGGGUAUCCUGCGAGCUGGUGCUUCGAUAGUAGUCAGCUACUUUACCCCCGAAUUCCUCGACUGGCUAGACAAUUAA